CGGUCCGUGGUCCUGGAGUGUGAGAGCCUGCCCCAUGCCGGCCUGUUCUGAGCACCCACACUCUUCCUAUCUCCCCCGCUCAGAUGGGGAGGCCGAGCCCUGGGGCCACUCAUCUGCUUUCUGUCCCACUUGUGGAAAGAGUUCUAGAAAAGGCGGUCCACUUUGUGGUGAGUCACCGCUGUGUGCAGGUGUACCUGGGACAGGCUCCGGGGGGUUCUGCACCGUCCACUGCUCUCUGUCGUGCCAGACCACCCAGGCCCACGGUGCUGAGCCCCACCAUGGAAGACGGGCGCGAGCUGGACCUCACCUACAUCACUGAGCGCAUCAUUGCGGUGUCCUUCCCCGCCGGCUGCUCCGAGGAGUCCUACCUGCACAACCUGCAGGAGGUGACGCGGAUGCUGAGGUCCAAACACGGGGACAACUACCUGGUGAGUGGGGGGGGGCACUGA